AUGGUCAUCUCUUCCAGGUACACUAUUGAGAUUCCUCCUGUGGAUAUUCUAUCUUAUAUAUUUGAUCCCUCUACCAAUUCGACUGGUCUUCCCUCGUUCGUCAACGCUGGAAACCCCAGCCAGAAUUUCACGAAGCCAGAGCUUGAGAUUGUGGUUAAGAAAAUUGGGAGUGGACUGAGGAAGGCAUGCGGGGUGCAACCUGAAGAUGUCGUUCUCAUAUCUGUCUUUACCGGCGCGAAUCCUUCCUAUACGGUCUCAGAAUUGACCCAUCAACUCAAUAUCUGCUCAGCGAAGGUCAUCUUCACCGAUCGAGAAAGACUCCCCGCUGUGCUUGAAGCAGCAAAGGCCGCGCGAACCCCGUGCGAGAAGAUCUUCUUGAUUGAUGGCGGAGAAGUCAGUUCUUCGAGAGCGGGCGUACCUGUUCUUUCGGAGCUACUAAACCAUGGCGAGCUUCAGUGGGAGAGAGUAAAUGAUCUUGAGACGGUAUCGCAAAGAACGGCAGUUUUGAACUUCAGCAGCGGAACUACAGGACCUCCGAAAGCUUGUAUGGUCACUCAUCAUAACUUGGUUGCGAAUGCCGAGCAGUCAAUGCAUCUAGAUGAAUUGGCAAGAGUAAGAAACUCUGACCCGACCUAUGCGACGCGAGAUGUUCAUUGCGCAUAUGUGCCAUUGUAUCAUGCGAUGGGUUUAUUCCAAUUCUGCGUCUUGAAUGUCCGACGCGACUGUACCACAGUGAUUAUGUCGAAAUUCAGUCUACCGUCACUGCUCGAGGCAAUACAGCAAUGCCGCGUCACAUACCUCCUAGUAGUCCCACCGGUAGCCGUUCUGCUGAUCAAAAGCCCUCUACUAUCUGGGUACGAUCUCUCCAGUGUCAAGUUCCUUCUUUGCGGUGCAGCACCUCUCGGCAAAGAGACCUCAACUCAGCUCGAGAAUGUCUUCUCGGCGAAUGGCGCGCGGACAAGGCAAGGUUGGGGCAUGACCGAAGCGACCUGCUCGGUGACUCUUUUCGCACCUGAUGAGUAUGAUCCUACGCACGCCGGAGUUGGCUAUCUGGUCCCGAACAUGCAAGCAAAGAUUGUUACGGACGAUGGGAACGAGGUCGGGUAUGGCGAGGAAGGAGAGGCGCUGAUUCGAGGGCCGAACGUAUUUCGGGGCUAUCAUCGUAAUGAAGUGGCUACGAAGGAGGCGUGGACUGAAGAUGGUUGGUUAAAGACGGGUGAUUAUGUUGUUGUGCAGCCAAACGGACUUUUCAGUGUGGUUGAUCGCAAGAAGGAAUUGAUUAAAGUCAAAGGAUUCCAAGUCGCCCCCUCAGAACUUGAGGCGCACCUCCUUGAAUGCGAUGAAGUGAAGGACUGCGCGGUAAUCCGUGUUGAAAGGGAUGGACAAGAACAUCCCCAAGCUCACAUAGUCCCAACCGUAGAGAAACCAACCGCCACAUCCAUACUCAGAUUCAUGGAAGGGAGGCUUUCGGCCCAUAAGCGGCUGACUGGCGGAGUUGUGUUCACAGAGGCGAUUCCAAAGUCUCCAUCUGGCAAGAUUCUAAGGCGCAUGAUUAGGGACCCCUACAGCUCCACAAAGAUCAAGGAAAGGUCUCAUCUGUAGCAUGUGAUCACACCGUUCUCAUCUGGUUUCGAUUGCGAUCCAAAGGAUGUUGGUGUCGAGAAUUUCAGCCGAGGGAGAAUUUUCUACCGAGUAUUGCAGGGAUCGGCGGAACCUAGUAUGCCCCUAGAACGGUGGCGUUGGAGCUGUGCGAACUAUGGGGCGCAGGACAGUAGAGGUUGUAGAUAAUUUCGACUAGAUACAUGCAAAGAUUUCAUAGUAGAGAC